GUUGCUUGUUAUCACUGCAUGUGCUUACCCGGUACAAUUCACGAUUGUGAUUCCGUUUACCGCUUUCAUUUGUUUUGAAGAAAUAAUUCUUAAAUAAAAUCAACGAUGAUUUAUUCGACAAAUCGUUUCAUCUCGUCUGCCUCUUUUCGCCUCUUUAAAUUGGAAUUCAGGGCAAGGAAAUGCACAUCCAUUUUGCCGGCGAUAGAGAAAAUAUCCCUACACCCGACAGUACAGACCAAAUCGGAAAAAGAACCUUUCAUGAAGAACGUUUUUUUGGGCAAGUUUGACAAGGAUUUUCUCAUUUAUCCGGAAAUUUUGAACAAGGAGGAAAUAGAGGACAUUGAAAAGAGGGUUUCCUUCCUCAGGCAGACCCUGGAAACCAAGGAAAAAAGCGAGAAUGCAGAAGAAAAGACUACCAUGUUUGAAGAACUGGUGAAAUCUGGAAUUCUGAAAUUGCAAGCCCCAGUAGAUUACGGAGGGUUUGAGGUUAAGACAACUCAUAUUACAAAAACUUGCGAUUCUCUUAAAUUGAACCAUUCAGAAGCCCUACUGUUGGACAUACACCGCUCGUUAAUAAUUGAAACGAUUGUAAAGUAUGGAACAGAUUUCCACAAACAAAAAUAUCUCCGUAAAUUAUUAAAUGGAGAAAUUACUGGUGCUUAUGCGUUGUCCGACGAAUCAAGAGACACUGAUGCACUGUCAAUAGAGACAACUGCGACUUUUUGUGAAGACGAAAAUCAUUUUCUAAUUAAUGGUAACAAAAAGUGGGUUACAAAUGGGAAGAAUGCAGACUUUUUCAUCAUAUUCGCACAAAUUAAGAAUUAUUCAUCGCAUAAAGAUAUUAAGAAGCUUGCUGCAUUUAUUGUAGAAAAAGAUAGCAACUCCUUCUCAUUUUCUGCACCUAAAAUGAGUGGUCCUAAUGAUUGUGGUAUUUGCGACAUAAAAUUACACAAUGUUGUUGCGACCCAAGAGAAUUUACUUGGAGGUGAUGAUGAAGGAUAUGAAAUCUCUACAUUUGGACUACAAUUGCAAAACCAUUUCUUGCCUUCCUCUAUUUUAGGAUCUCUUAAAGAUAUCUUUCAAGAAACAACAGAACUUGUUAAACCAAGAAAGUUUUUUUCAAAAGACUUAAAAGACAGUGAAAAUGUUAAAGCAAAAUUAGGAAAAGUUGGGGUAACAAUUUACACUCUGGAAAGCAUGAUGUAUCUUUUAUCUGGAGCAUUGGACCAAUAUGAAAUUGACACCCGUCUAGAAUCAGCUAUUAUUCAGGUAUUUGCAUACGAAAAAUGUUUGGAGUCAUACAAAACAUGCUUGGACUUAAUAGGGAAGUUAAAUUAUGACAAACAAAUCGCCUAUUCCGAAAAAUUGAAUGAUAUUUACAAUGUAAUGCUGUCAGUAAAUACGACUGUUAUCAUUAAACUGUUUAUUUCUUUAUGUGGUUUAGAAUAUGCUGGUUUAAAAAUGGCAUCAAUUGUUCAGAAAAUGCGCCAUCCAUUUAAUUUUCCUGGAUUUUUUUUCAGAAAAUUAAUCUCUUCUUAUAAACACAACAGGGAUACACCCAAUCUGGAUCAGCAGCUUUAUAUGAAUCUACAUCCUUCCCUUAGGAGUGCAAGUGAACAACUAGAAUAUUGCGUGACCAGAUUUAAUUACGCUAUUGAAAAUGUCCUAGUCACUCAUGGAACAGCAGUAGUGGAUCAUGAUUUAGAUUUAGUAAGGAUAGCAGACAUUGCUGUACAUAUAUUUGCAAUGACGAGUGUCCUUGGUAGAGCUUCAAGAUCAUAUUGCACAGGUGUUAGGCACUGUGAUGACGAGGUCUUGAUAUCUCGUGCCAUCUGUCAGGACAGUACUAUUAGCGUGAGGAAACUAGUUGAGGACUUAGUUGGUGGCGUCACUUACACCACUGAUCACAUACAUUUGAAUAUUGGGUCAAAUGUAGUACAAAAUGGAGGUUAUUACCUUGAACAUCCGACUGUUAAAAACAUUAAUUGAUAAACUUUUAAAUAUAAAAUUUGUGUUUGUGA